CCUUUGUUUGCGAGAGAAAAAGGCACCGUGAGAGUAGUGUCUUGUCCAAGAGUGCAACACAAUGACUCCAGCCAGUGCUUGAACCCAGACCACUCAAACUAGAGUCCAGUUAAUAAUUAACCAUAUGGGGCUACCACACCUCCACAAGAAUAUAGAGUUUGUUAUUAACUGUUGACAAUUCACAGGACUCAAUGGGGCAAUGUUCAAGCAGGUGGUUUUCUAAGCCUUGACCUGUUUGUGUAUCCCAGUCCCAGGCACUUCAUCUCCAGUUACCUAGACAAAAAUCUGGGUGUGGUCUUUGUUAUUGAUUUGGAAACAUUCAAAUCAUUCAACAGUCAACAUUAGGAGUACAUUCCUUUGGAAUGAUCUGGAUUAGGAUCAGUGAUCCAAGAUCAUUCAGAUCACAGUGCAUCAAAGGAGCCAAUGAAUCCACUUUGGGCAAGGAUGCAUCAGUUUCAGCUUUUAUAUACUAUUAUCCGACUGAUCUUGGAUCAUUGAUCCUGACCCAGAUCAUCCCAAAGGAAUGCACCCUAACAAUGUGAACUGUAUUUAUCUUAAUGCAUGUUUUGUAUAUUUUCAGCAUGAGAGAUUUUUACAUGAUGGUAAGGUUUCUCCAUGUGAUGUUUUAUUCAUUGGGGACUCACUCAUACGGAAUAUGAAGGAAACUGAGGCCUGGGAUGCUUAUUUUGCACCUCUGAGUUCUCUUAAUUUUGGAAUUGGCGGUGAUUGUACAGAACAUGUGUUGUGGAGAAUAGAAAAUGGUGAACUGGAUGCAAUAAAUCCUAAGGUCGUAGUAUUGUUAGUUGGAACAAACAAUCAUCACAGUUCUGCUGAACAGGUUGUAGAAGGAAUUGAAUCAAUUGUUUGGAGUAUAAGCAGCAAACUGCCAUCUGCUAAAAUCAUUGUACUGAGUCUGCUUCCUAGAGGAAAACUACCCAACCCCCUUCGUGAGAAACACUUCCAAGUAAACCACACACUGAAGGAAGCCAUUGAGACCAUCCCCAACUCAAUUUACCUGGACUCUGAUCCAGGCUUUGUAAGGAGUGAUGGCAUCAUAAGCCACGAGGACAUGUUUGAUUACCUUCAUUUGACGAGAAAAGGAUACAAAAAAUUCUGUCAACACAUUAAUAAUGUGAUUGUUAAGUUUUUGAAGUACUGAGUGCUCAGAAUUGCUCACAAAGGCAAGGGGAACAGAUGAAGUGAAUUGUAAAUCAACAUGCUCUUCCUCAAAAAGAGGGUUAACAAGGAGGGCCUUUUUUGCUGCAAUAAGGGGGACUGGGGCAGGCUGCCAUCUCACCAGUAGUGAGGUACAAAUUUCCCCUCUGCUCUGGUGAUAGUAGUGUUUUUGUACAGUGGAAUUCAAACACUGGGCCUUUCCCCAAAUUUUCAGAUAUUUUUGGGAUAUUUAGAAGUUUCUGAGAUAUUUAGAAAAGGUUAGGAUAUUUAGAAAAUUUAGGGAAUUUUUUCACAAAUAUUCAUAGUUUAUUUUGGCUUAGCCCUGUGUUUUCAUUGCUAUUUUCUUGAUACAAUAUUCUGUUCUAUGCCAGAAACAAUCCACUUCAGUGAUUUGUCACUCGAAAAAUGUAUUCUAAAUCACUAAAAGCACUCAAGCAGCAGAGUUCCCACUAAUUUUGAUAGUUACUGGUAAGGGUCCUUGGGACUCCCAGUUCCAAAGAGUUGCUUUUUUUUUCUGCUUUUCAGUUGUCCUUUACCUAUGACUAAAAUUUUCAGAACUUUUUUCCUGCAUCCCAAGGACAGGCACAC